CCACGCUAUAAAAUGAAUUAUAACUGACAAAUGUAUGUCAAAUAAUAUAAUGAAGUUAGUCUCAAAAAUUUCAUAAUAUUGAGAACCGUCAAAUUCAAAAUUGUGAUGAAGAACUACUAUUCAACAUUAUAAAAUCAGUUUGCUGCAAUUAAUUAAGAUAAUAAUUUGGUUGAAAUCCAUACAAAAACAUGAUCGGUAAUCUUGUUGCUGUUAUUUGUGUAACAAGAACCAUUUGCCUUAGAGUUGGGAAUUUUAUCAUAAAAAUAACAUCUAGACGAGUCUUCGGUAAAUUAUUAUUAGAAUUACCCAGUACUCUUUUUCCGAAGUAUAGGGUGACAAUCACCAGUAUGCUCAUUGAGCAUAAUAAGAAAAUGAGACAAUCCACUGGAUAUCAAAGUGAUAGAAAUACAACAACUGAUUAUACUACAGAUGAUGAAUCUGAAACUAUUUUAGGCAUGGCUCAAGAAUCACAACGAUUAGAGGAAAUAAGAAACCUGAUAUUAUCUCCACCAUUGAGAAGAAUAACAGCUCAGGAUUUGAAUUCUAUAAAAUUAAGAAAAUGUGAGGAUUUGCCGGAAGGGAAGAAUAACUAUUCUUCUGAAAUUUCUGAUCUACAAGCGAUCCUGAGGAGGAGAUUCGCCGUAAUACAUUCACCGUAUGGCAGUGAAACAGAAACUGAUUUUGACGAUGACGCGGAUUAUUUUAAUUGUUCUCUAGUUGUAGAAAAAUUUGUUAAUUAGGAAAAAUAAUCACUCGAUCUUAAGUUAUCGUAUCUUUAGGAGCCUACAGAUACCAUUUCCAUAGUUCUUUCUCCUUUUAGAUCGUUUUUUCACUUCUUCCACGUUAUCAUUUGACAAUUUUCUUCUGACUGAACUUCACUAGUACUUACAAAUUUUAGGAUCUAUAUUUCACUACAAUUAUUUUUUAGGAUAUUUUGUGUUAUUAGAUAAUACAUUCAUUUGUGAAAUUUCAGUUUUCAUACUUUUUCAUCUGUGUUUAUAUUUUAUCGAAGUUCCUCUCUAAUUUUUUAAUAUAAAUUUACGAAAUCUCUGUUUGACAUUUUCGUGAAUAUAUCUAAAUUACCAGCAA